AGACAGGCACAGUGAGUCACAUCUGUAAUCCCAGGAUUCACUUGUAAUCCUAGGAUUUGAGAGAUUGAGGCAAAAGGAUUGCUGUCUGAUGCUAGCCUGGUCUACAUAGUUAAGGCUCUGUCUCAAAAAAUUAGAAAAACCAAGUGUUGGAAUGCAGCAGAUCUAUUAGUCAGUGGUAUAGGGUUUUAAUUAGUUUCUCAGGAACAUGAUUCAUUUCUUAUGAUUCAUCUUCUAAAAUAUAUCUGACUAUAUAGUCAAUUUUAUCAAGAAGCAUGGUAUUGUAGGUUAGCUAGAUUUUUAAGUGAAAAAAUUGAGAUCCUUUAAUUAAAGUAUAAAAUUCAGUAUUAAAAAUUUAGCCAGAUGUGGUGGCUCACACCUUUAAUCCCCGAAGCAUGUGGUUCUCUGUGGGUUAGAAGCCAGCCUGGUCUACAAGGAGAGUUUCAGGAUGACCAGGCCUAUUACACAGAGAAAUUUUGUCUCAAAAAAGCCAAACACAAACAAGAUAUUUAAAGCUACAUUAUUAAAUUGUGAUUACCACAUCUGUGUGCUCUUGUUUUAUUUUUUUUAAGCCAGUGUCCCUUGAUAGAAGUGACAGAUAAGUUUACGGCAAAUGGCUACCAGCUCGUCGAGGUGAUUCUGUACUGUCCAGUUUGUAGGUGACUCACAGAGUUUCAAUAUGGGCGUCUGUUAUUUCUAAUGCCUUAAGUUGAAGAAGCAGACAUUAAAUAGGCGACUGCCGUAGCACUGACUUGAACUCUCUGAUUUUAGGUUCUUCAGAAGAUGAUGAGGUCAUUCAACCAGGGUUCAUCAGCCCCAGGCGGGGCAAGCAAAGGUGAAGAGCCAGAAAAACUGCCUGGACUGGCAGAGGACGAAUCCCAGGUUCUGCAUGGAACUGGCCACUGUAAAUGGUUCAACGUGCGCAUGGGAUUCGGAUUCAUCUCCAUGAUAAGUCGAGAGGGAAACCCCUUGGAUGUCCCAGUGGAUGUAUUUGUACACCAAAGCAAACUAUUCAUGGAAGGAUUUAGAAGCUUGAAAGAAGGAGAGCCAGUGGAAUUUACAUUUAAAAAAUCCCCCAAAGGCCUUGAGUCAAUAUGGGUAACAGGCCCAGGUGGGAGCCCCUGCUUAGGAAGUGAAAGAAGACCUAAAGGGAAGACACUGCAAAAGAGAAAACCAAAGGGAGAUAGGUGGAGACGGCAGGAUUUACUGAUGGAUCAGAUGUGGACUGUGAGAGAAGAAGAGUCCAGGAUGAUUCCAAGAUGCUACAACUGUGGUGGUCUUGACCAUCAUGCUAAAGAAUGCAGUCUACCUCCUCAGCCAAAGAAGUGCCAUUACUGUCAGAGCAUCAUGCACAUGGUGGCCAACUGCCCGCACAAGCUGGUCGCUCAGCUGCCCGCCAGUCCUCAGGGAAGACAGGAGGCAGAAGCCCAGCCGUGCACCUCUACAUCACCAAGAGACGUGGGAGGGGGGCCUGGCUGCACAGCGCCGUCUCCUCAGGAGGUGAAGUCAGGAAUGGCAGAGCGGUCAGACAGGUCACCCCAAGAAGUUUCUUCCACGAAAGCAUUUGCAGCAAUAGGAGAGCAAAACAAAAAGGGGCCUUUGAUUCAGAAGCGGAAGAAGACUUAGUACUUGUCAGUGUUCUCCUCACCCCGUUGGGAAGUCUACCUCAUGCAAGCACAGGGGAACAGUGUUCCACAGAGAGCAGCCGACCGGCCGGGGGUUUGAACACUGCUGAGGGACCAGGGAGUUCUUAACUAGACAAAUCACUCUGAAGCAAAUUACAUUUAAGCAGGGUGUCAUGUUUUACAGAAUUGAGAUACUACGUGUAGUAUGUGCAUAAGUGAGAGGGGAGACCUGAAUCUGUAUGUAUGUGUGAGGAUUUCACAUAAGAAUACAGGCACACACACACACACAUAUAUAUGGUUGUCUUGUGUGUGUGUGUGUGUGUGUGUAUGUGUGUGUGUGUAUGUGUGUGUGUGUGUAUAGAUAUAAGCACACACUCUUCCUUAGAUAACUGGGCAUCUCCAAGCAUUGAAAAAUCCAUGUGAAGCAUUUGAGAUGGUUUCAGAGUUAACCCUUGGAAUUUUUCCUAAAUACUACUUCAUUUAUAUUAUGUAAAAAAUAACCAUGUGACUGUUACCUUUCAUGUGAACCAAAGCAUACUUCAGAUCUCAGAGCUGCCAGUCAAAUGGUACUAAAGGCUUUUGGGAUACUUGGUGCCUCCCAAGUCUGCAUUCUUCACUCUGGCUUGAUGCUGUUGGAGUGUUCUACUCUUGCUGUUGUUUGUCUCCUGUUAGAAGGUAGUAACUUAACUCUAGAUGCCUCUGACUGCCGUAAGCUUUUAAUUCUUGGAUACGUAGUUCCAGAAAAGACAAUGAAUGUGAAGUUUCUGUGCUGAUAUUUCAGUGUCUUUUAUUCUGUUUUGAUUGUAAAUUACAUUCCUAUUCAGAAGAAUGAAGGGGAGGGUAAUGUAUAUAGUAAUAUGAUCCUUUUCAGUGGUAUUUUGAUACUAGGUCUUUUACAAGUAUUCUGAGGCUUGUAAGGGAUUGUGGCAGCAGAAGCCUCCUUUGACUAAGUAGCUUUUGAACCAUCACUUGGAACAGGAAGGUCUCUUGCUUACUACUGAAGCCUUGGAGAAAACCUUAAUUAUUUGGGUCUAUUUUGGUGGCUGUGUUUUAUUUCUCCUGGAGAGUCCUCAGACCUGUUUCUAAAACAAACAAAAGCAACAUAGAAAUAAAAUAGUGGGGCUUAGAAUGAAAGUUACAUUGCCCAGUAGAUACAGCCCGGGAUUGAUACUAAAAAGAAUAGUGCUUCGUGGCAGGCAGAAUGAAUGACAGGCCUGGAGCAGUUACCAAAUUGCAGCUGUUCUGUGUCUAGAAACAAUUUAUAUGAUAACCUUGAUGCCAUGGCAGUUUCCUUGAGGAUAGAAGCUGAAGUAACCUGUGUGCUGGAGUCAGGAUGAGCACGCGGGGCUGGUCCUAAGGAUCUUCUCAGAUGGGCUCUCAGUUUGCUAACGGACUGGCUGGGACGGAUUGGAGUAUUGGGCUCUUUGCCAUCAGCUUUGGUUUUGUUCCUUUUUUUAUAAUGGAGUUAGCCUGGUUCUAAAUGUGAUAAGCAAACUUUUGAAACAUCUUCAAGAAGAUACCAAGGAAUUGUGGUGCAUAAUUUUGGCUUUAAUUAUAUGGGCCUGUUGGUAUAAGCUCAGAUAAUCAAACAAGAAAGCAUUGUGACUCAUGAGACACCCUCUGUGUCUUGUCAUGGGAGGUGGGUGCUGCUAAGGUUUCAUCAAGCCACUAGAAGAAACUGUCUCCGACUAGCUUGCCAGUCCUUUCCAGAGUAGCUUGACUUUCUUGACAGUAUUUAUGAGAACUCCCAUAGUGUUUUACUGAAGUGUCAGUGUGCUCUAAUCCAGAGCUUAUCUUUGACGAUAUUGAAUGUGAUGUAGCCAUAGAGAAGUGCUGCCUUCCUUACGUGAGGAUUUCAAGCUUAUUUAAAUUAUGUAGACAAGUCAAAGUGUCAUCCAGGUAUAAUGAACAAGGUGACAGUUGUACGAGCAGAAUAUGAUAGGUCACUGUGAACAUUCAAACCAAAGCUCCUUGACUAUAAAAAUAGAAAAUAAUGGACUUGAAAACUGGACAUUCUGUUUACAUAUAAAAAUUCAGAGCUGAGGUCAUUUUAAAAAUGAAAGUAGAAAAUUCAGAAACCCUUGAACUGUAGACCUUAUGGGUGCACUCAAUUCUUUUUCAGCAUCUGACCAGAAUGGCUCACUAUAAGACAUACCGAACCUCUCUUAUGGCUAAAAGUUGAUUUUUUUAUAUGAAACUAUUAUCACUAUUACAUGCUCAGGACAAAGAACUUUGCUCAGGGAACAUACCAUAUAAUGUUUUUAUUGCUUUUUUUUUUCUUUUUUUACAGACUAGUCUAUAAUCCUGCUUUCUCAGAACAAGCCAAAUGAAUUAAGUCUUUGUGUACGUACAUAUACUUGUUAGUGACUACCUCUGAGUUUGACAGUGAUCAUAAUUCUUAAUAUUAGCUAUUGGUCCUUCCUUUUUUAACUUCAUGUCAAAGUCUUGUAAGCAGACUCCCACCCCUGCAGAUGUGAACUCACUGCGAUGAGCACUUGCUCAUUCACACAGUGAAAAUCCUGUUUACAGCAAACGGCUACCUCCCAGCUACCGCAGAGCACACCUCCUUGCUGCGGCAGCAGCCUGUGGGUUGCUGAUGAAUCUCUGGUACAGACACUUUAAUCUGUAGCACAGAUCGGCAUUUGCAACUGCGUGUUUUUCUCAUAGACUUCUCACGUUAGGUAGCAAAGUCUCCAAGCAGUUCCUUAAAGUGAUCGUGUAUUAAAUUUAAGGAAGUAUGGGCACUCUUUAUCCUAAGCAAAACAGAACACAGAAACAAUCUUGAAAAUAGCUCUGUUCCCUAGUGGUGAGGGGCAGGAGAGUUAACAAAAGCAAACUUGGUGUUUGGAUUUUGCUGACAAGUGUUAUAAAAGAUUCCUAGCCCUUCACUUGUAUCUCUACAGUACUGCAGGCAAAGCAUACUGCAACAUUCCCAGCCCCAGGCACAUAACUAACUACCACCAGCUUGCCAUGGGGAACUUAAAGUGCAGUGCUGCUUUGAGCCAGGGGGGGAUGGGGUCUGUGGAGCACCACUUUGCAGGGGUUCCUAAUAAUGGGAUGAUGGCCUGUGGGUUGAGCCACCUUUUGACCUCCCCCCCAAUAUCAACACAAAUGUAAUUCCUAAAAAAUGAUUCACUACCAGCCUUUAGCCUGCGAACUAUUCAUUCUCUACACAGCAGGUCAUAGUGGAGACAUUUUUAUACUUGCAUUUCUAGUCUUUGGAUGUAUUUUUACAAAUGAAAGAUUUAGGAAGAUUUUUAUCUGCUUAUAACUUGGAAAUUUUAGUGUGCAAUCUAAAGAAAAAGAUAAGACAUCAUGUUAUUAGCAUCAGUCCGCCUCCCAAAUAUAGGAUGUUUUUAUUGCCAAUUAUUUUUGUAUUCUGGCUGAGAUUUAUUUUGCACCAGUGUAGGCCUAACUUGCCACUGGCUGUAUGUAGUUUGUGAAUAGAAGCCCAUAAGUGUUAAUAGACCUUGUAACAUUCACUGUAAGAUGAAUUAUACAGGAUGUGGGGAAUCUCAUUAAGUCUUAAAGUUAAUUUAAAUUAAUUUAUCUGUUUUCUCUAAGAAAUGUUUAUCAUAAAAUAUAUAUGUAAUUUCCCGUUUUGGUAUAAAAUCUAGGGAAGUGCGUGCAAGUGGAGAUGUGCUGACUUUGAUUUUCUAGAUGUCUUAAUGAGAUUUAUUUGUUUUAGAAAAAGAACAACUUGUUGAAAGCAUCCAGUUCUGUCUUACAUACUUUCAACAGCCUCUUCAAGAUGUGCCUGUGUGAUCUGUGACCUACUGUUCGUUUAAAGUGAGACAGUGACCUAUGACUCAUUGUUGGCCUUACACUUGGAACAGAACUGUGUUAUGGUGAAGUCCUGUACGGCGAGAAAGUAUCCAGAUAUGCACCGCACCUGUGGCUUACCCCUUGACAGUCCCAGCUUGGAAAUGAUGGCUCCGACUACCUCUUCAAUCACUUCUGGCUAUCAACCACGGGCACCUAGCACCAGGCUGGCUUUAAUUAGUGUGUGUUGUUUUUGUGGUGGUAACAACUCUAUUCAUAUAAAGACCAAAGUGAACCCUGGUUUCUCUAUGUCUUUAAUACAGUGUUGUAUCUAGUAUUUGGAAAUUAUCUCAUCUAGUGUUUAGAUUACCUCACUCCAUUUUGAUUCAUGUUGUUUACAAGUGAACGUUUUCUAAAGAUACACUUGAACUUGCAUUAGAAAGAACAAAGGAGGAGUUGCUCUUAGACUGGCACCGUGUACUCCAUCACCCCGUGGACCGCUCUCUGCAGACGCGGGCCUAGGACUGUCUUUGUACCGAAUGUCUUAUUGUUGGCCAUUGAUGUUUUGAGAUUUAAAAUUACAUGAUAGAAAAUAAAAGAUACAAUGUUG